AUGGAGGGCCCCAUCACGACGGACACGCUGUUCGGGAGCAAUUUCAAGGUCAUGCUGGAAAACUCGAAAAAGUCGGAGGAGGUGUCAGAGACUGUGUGCCAUCUUAUCAAGCCGCACGCCUCAUCCCGCCCCCCUGGAAGGAUCGUCGUGGGCAAAGACAACAACAACAGCAUUCCACGGCUGCAGCAGCGUCUUCCUGCUCCGCUCCACCGCCAGCCCCGCCCGACAGAGAACAGCCCUCCUCACCCGGCAACCAGCGCUUCAGCUGCAUCUGGUCUUUACAUUGAACCCGAUGUGUUUGUGUCUGUUGCAGGUAUAACAGCAGCAGCUUCCCUCGUCUCUCUUGCCUGGGCUUUGGCCUCAUACCAGAAGGCCUUACGUGACUCUCGGGAUGACAAAAAACCCAUUAGCUACCUUGCGGUCAUCAUACAGUUUUGCUGGCACUUCUUCACGAUAGCAGCCAGAGUCAUCACCUUUGCCCUUUUCGCCUCUGUGUUCCAACUGUACUUUGGCAUCUUCAUCGUCCUGCACUGGUGCAUCAUGACCUUCUGGAUUGUCCACUGUGAGACAGACUUCUGCAUCAGCAAAUGGGAGGAGAUUGUGUUUGACAUGGUGGUGGGCAUCAUUUACAUUUUUUCCUGGUUCAAUGUGAAAGAAGGAAGGACAAGGUGUCGCCUCUUCAUCUAUUACCUUGUUAUUCUGGGGGAGAAUGCUGCUCUUGGUGCACUGUGGUACCUUUACCGAACACCUCAAACUACAGACGCCUUUGCAGUUCCAGUCCUCUGUGUCAUUUUCAGCUGUUUCCUAACCGGUCUGGUGUUCAUGCUGAUGUACUAUGCUUUUUUCCAUCCCAAUGGGCCUCGCUUUGGGCGUUCAUCGAGUGGGCAAGAACUAGACUUGGACCCAUCUGCUCAGUUCUCCACAUUACCUUCUGAGGGUGCAACCAACUCACUGCGUUCCAACCGAGGCGCCACAACCACCACUACCCUGGAACGCGACACCGGGAAAUAUACGGAGCGGGAUGGCUGCAUGCCAGUGUUUCAGGUGCGACACACGGCACCAUCCACAUUGUUGUUGCGUGCGCCACGACUAGAAGAGACAGUCAUCAAAAUUGACCUAUGUAGGAACCGCUACCCUGCUUGGGAACGUCAUGUCCUGGAUCGCAGCAUACGCAAAGCAAUUCUGGCCAUGGACUGUUCUGCAACUCCACCUCAUCUGCAGUACAAAGAUGAUGCUCUGGUGCAGGAGCGGUUGGAGUACGAGACCACGUUAUAGCUUCACCUCACUGUCAGAACAGCAAAGGCAGCAUAAACAUCAACAGGGACUGUUGAGUGGCUAUAAGAAUAUAUUUUUUUUUGAUCUCCCAUUAACUAGAAUCUGUCCCAACUCAGAAAGAAUUGGAGGAAAUUUUGGCACAAUUGUAUCUCGUGUCACUGGAUGUGAUUGGAUUAUUUGCAGAUUUUCCCGAUUUUACUUCCACUCAUCA